AGAGAAAAUCUUAUUUUGCAAAUGUAUUUCCUGUAGUUUUGUCACUUUUGCUGUUCCGUACACGGACUAUAUCUAGACAAUCUGGAACGUCCAAUAAGUAGCGAACAUUUUCCCAUGUUCAUAAUACAGAUAAAACGUUACUGUGAAGUCUUCUAGAAGCUUAAAUUAUGUCUUCUGCAUUUAUUUAAACAAAAUUAAGGACGUGCGUUUCUCUUCUCUGUCAAUUCUACAGCAGCUAGCAUUAGUUGCUAUCCUGCUUUGACAUUGUAAACACUGACAGCUGGUUGAAGAAAGCCUAAUUCUUUCGUAUGGCGUAAUAUGAUUAGCUAGCUAGACUAGUUAAUUUACGUACAAGAUAAACCUUUCGUAACAAUAGGUGAAAACAAAAACUAAUUCUGAACAUUAAAGACCUAGGCUACUUGCCUGCAUGUGUAUCUCCCUACAGCCACGAUGUCAGUCUCCCAGAUCACCCCCACUCUGUUCCUGAGUGGAAAAGAUGCUGCCAUGAACAAGGCAUUGAUCUUUAACAGGGGCAUCACCCUCAUCAUCAACGUUACCCCAGAACACACAUCCCCCUCGUACCAAGGGGUGGAAUGUCUGCAAGUGCCAGUCUCUGACCAACCACAUGCCCGACUCUGUGAUCACUUUGAGAACGUGGCAGAACGCAUCCAUGGCAACCAGACGGGCAGCACGCUGGUUCACUGCGCUGCGGGCAUGAGCCGUUCUCCUGCUUUGGUCAUGGCUUACCUCAUGAGGUACAGAGGGGUGACACUGCGCCAGGCCCACGACUGGGUUCGCGACUGUCGUCCGUACAUCCGGCCCAAUGCUGGAUUCUGGCGCCAGCUCCUGGAGUACGAAAAGGAGCUGUACGGCAGGAACACAGUAAAAAUGACAGCCACGCCCCUUGGAGUGCUGCCUGAGGCAACGGCCUCAGAAGGGGACCCCCAGUACUGCCUGAGCUGGUGACAGACCGAUGGUUUGCACAGGCGUGUUCCACGCCUGAUUUCCCAAGAAAGUAUAAUGUUCAACCCUGAAUACAUUGUUGGCUGUGUAACCCAAUGUACACCCUACCUCAUGGCUGGAAGAAGCGAGAUCUACCAUCACUGUAAAUAAAAUAACAUAAAACCAAAGUGUUCACAAAUGAAUUCCAUGUUCAUGGACUACAAAUGUUCACUUAAGGAUCCAGCUGGAGAGGCUCCUGCUCUCAUUUACGAUGAUGGAUCUACAGACUCCUUGAGCCACCUCACCUUACAUAAGCAGACCACUGGACCAUCCUACCUUGGACAGCCCCCUGAAUGUUAUCCUUUUCUGAUAAUGGGUUUUGGAUUGGCAUACUGGUAUGUAAUCUAUUCAGGCCACCCCAGUAAUAGCAAUACAUCUCAGCAGCAGCACCAUUGUUCAGCCAUGACAUUUUCCUUGGAAUAUUGCCAUUCAGUAUGUAUCUGGGUCUAUGCUCUUUUCAAUAACAUCUACCAUCUGUGUUUUAAA